UGCCCCACAUCUCCGCCCAUGUGUGGGGCAGCGAGGCCUGGUUCGAAGCCAACCAUGGGGCCGCCCUGGAAUGUGUGGGGCUGGCGGCGGCCACGGGCCCCGGGGCCAUGAUGCAGCUGAAGGUGACGGCCAUGAUGGACGCCGAUCUCUGCGCCACCAUCCAGCAGCGGAUGCAGGAGCCGGGUACCAAAGUGACGCCGGAGUUCAUCAUUGCGGCCAUGGGGGGCAAGAUUGCUCCCUCCCUGCCAUUCCUGACCCCGCAGCAGAACCAACACUUUGGGGUCUCCCUGCGGCGCUUGGACAGCGUGGCCCAGGCCGCCGUGGGGCAGGGGGUGACGCUCAUGGUGGACGCGGAGCAGAGCCACCUGCAGGGGGCGUUGCGGCUCCUCACCCUCGCUCUGAUUGGUCGACACAACCGGGGGGCGGAGCCUCGCGUCUGGAGCACGGUGCAGGCCUACGUGCGCGUGCGUCAGGGGGCGCUAUGGGGCAGCCCCAUUGAUGUGGUGUACGGGGACCCCUAA